UUUCUCAAUACAAAAUUAUAAAUUCUUGGCUACGUCUCUCUCUUUCUCUCACUCAGGCAGAGUCUGAACAAAAUAAAAGCAACAAAACAGAACAAAAACCUCUCUCUUCCUUUCCUCCACAAACACGCUUCAUUUUCCUCAACCCCAAUAACCUCUCUCUCUAUCUCUCUCUAACAACAACAAACCACAAAAACACUAUCCUCAAAAACGACAACACACCCCAUACAUAAAAAAACACCACCGCCCAACUAUCAUCCACCAUCCUCCGCCGCCCUACCCAAUCCCUCUUUCUCAAGAGUCGAUGGAAGAAUUCAGAAACAUCAACAACAACAAUACGGCGUCGUCUAGGUUUUCAUUCUUCAACCGUUCUUUAACAACGCUUAAUAACACAAACAACGACGAAAAACAACCGCCACCACAAAAACCCCAAAGCAUCGAUCGCACCGUUUCGCUUCGCGGCAGGGUCGUUAAAAAGCUAUGUAGUUUAUUCGAACCAACAAAACUACCUUCUCAAGAAGAAUCAACACUUUUCAUCACCAAAUCAAAAUCCCUAAAAUCAACCGAAUCAACGAUAACAUCAUCAAAAUCGCUCGAUUCUUCUCAUAUUAUUCGAUUACCCGGAACAGAAGACCGAAUCGUGUUGUAUUUCACGAGUUUGCGUGGGAUUAGAAGAACAUACGAGGAUUGUUAUUCGGUUAGGAUGAUAUUGAGAGGAUUUAGGGUUUGGGUUGAUGAGAGAGAUGUUUCAAUGGAUUGUUGUUACAGGAAGGAAUUGAUGAGUGUUUUGGGUGAGAAGAGUAUGAAGAACGUUACACUUCCUCAGAUUUUUAUUCGAGGGAAUUACGUCGGUGGUGCUGAAGUGAUUAAGCAACUUUGUGAGGUUGGUGAAUUGGGGAAGAUUUUGGAAGGUUUUCCUAAGACUAAACCUGGGUUUGUUUGUGAGAGUUGUGGUGAUGUUAGGUUUAUGCCUUGUGGGAAUUGUAGUGGAAGUAGGAAGGUUUUUGAUGAGGAUGAAGGGUUAUUGAAGAGGUGUUUGGAGUGUAAUGAAAAUGGAUUGGUUAGGUGUCCGAAUUGUUGCACCACUUGAGAUUUGAUUUGAUUCAAUUUGUGUAAUGUGUAUUAUUAGUAGUUGUUGGUAUUUUUGCAAUUGCAACUUGUUUAUUGGUUGCAUGAUUGCGAGUUUUUAGGUGUUGAUAAAUAAUUUGAUCAAGAUUGAAGAAUUUGUGUUGUUGUUGUUGUUAUUGGUGGUGGUGGAGAUGGUGGUGAUAUAUGUCUUUGGUUAAGGUUAUAUUGAGGGUUUUAAUUUUAAAUAAAGGUCUGCGAUUUGGAAAGUUGUGGCUGCACCGUGACUGCAAUUGAGACUGCAUUGCAGCUGCAACAUGACUGCAAUUGAGACUGCAUCAGACACAUGGUGAUUCUUUGUAUUAUGAAGCAAGGAUUGCGACGUGGCUGGAAUUUGAAACCUUGGUUAUAUCAUGAUUCAAAGCUCUCUUUGAAUUUUAUGUGGUUGGUUUAUUUAUUUGUGGCAAUAGUGUGAUGAGCUGAAGCUGAUGAUGUUUUCAGCUUCUUGAACAGGGUUUUGUUCAAGAGUGUGCUUUUAUCACCUAAAGGAAAAAAAAAGUUGUUAAAUGGGUUUUUGAGUAUGUAUGUAUGUAUGUAAGUUGUAGUUCAUUCCAGGUGAGGAGGGUUUCUCAUCAAGGGGAUGUUAAUAUAUUUAGUGUUAUGAUUUGAUUGAUCCCUUCAAGGGAUUUGCAAAUAUUAACCAUUGAAAUUUAUAUGAGAGUGGUUUGUUGUGUUAGUGCCUUA